UAUAGUGAAAUGAAGACAUUUGAGAAGAUGCUAACGCAACCACAUUUGGGGGCACUAUCCGUGGUGCUGAUUCUCUCUCUGGGGCUUCCAGAAACCACACUUGCCUGUCCUCACCCAUGCGCCUGUUAUGUUCCCACUGAAGUUCACUGCACAUUUCGGUCCUUAGCAGCUGUGCCAACAAGAAUUUCUAAACAUGUGGAACGAAUCAAUUUGGGGUUUAACAGCAUACAGGCUAUAUCUGAAAACUCAUUUGCAGGACUUGCUAAGCUAGAACUUCUCAUGCUCCAUGGAAAUGAUAUUCAAAAUAUACCCAAUGGUGCUUUAAAAGACCUGACAUCACUUCAGGUGUUCAAAAUAAGCUACAACAAGCUGCAGGUUAUAACCGGUCACACCCUCCAAGGGCUCUCCAGCAUAAUGAGAUUGCACAUGGACCACAACCGAAUUGAAUUCAUUCACCCAAAUGCUUUUAAUGGAUUAACGUCCCUCAGACUUCUCCAUUUGGAAGGCAACUUGCUCCAGCAGCUUCACCCCAAUACAUUUUCUACAUUUUUGGUCCUUGAUUUUUUCAGGCUGUCAACAAUAAAGCACCUCUAUUUGUCUGAAAAUGCCAUUAGAACACUGCCUAUGGGCAUUUUUCAAAGAAUGCCACUCCUAGAGAACAUUUAUCUUCAUGGAAACCCCUGGUCUUGCGACUGCAAGUUGAAAUGGCUCCUUGAGUGGAAUGAGAAAUCUGCAGGUGUCCUUAAAUGUAAAAAGGACAAAGCAUAUGAAGAAGGCCAACUCUGCCCGAAAUGCACCUUCCCUAAGCAGUUCCAGAAACAAGAUGUUCAAAAUGUGAAAGAUCUUUCUUGUACGAAGCCCAUCACACAGUCCCCACUGAAACAGAACAUCAGCCUCAAUGAGGAGGAGGAGGAGGACGAUGACAGCUCUGAGCUUCCCAUGGAAGAAUUUCAGCUGUCUCCAUGGAAUAUUACUCUGAACUUGACCGAUGAGCAUGGAAACAUAGUGAAUUUGAAGUGUGAAAUCAAGAAACCAACAGACUCUACCAAAAUUCACUGGAACCAGAUCUCUCCUCAGGAAAUUGAGGUCAAUGCUACCAUUUCCCUGGAUCUGGAAUGCCUAAUGAACCGAGACAACUAUGAAAAAUUGUGGAAGCUUAUUGCUUAUUACAGUGAAGUGCCUGUCAAGUUAGAAAGGGAACAUGUGCUCAGCCAUGAACCUAAGUUAAGCUACCAUUACAGGCAAGGUUCCGAUUAUGAUGCUCUUUACUACACUGGUGUCAAAGGCAGAAUCCUUGCUGAGCCCGCCUGGGUGAUGCAACCGUUGAUUCAUAUCCAGUUAAACAGACACCAGAGCACCGGGAAAAAGGUUGUGCUCUCCUUUUCUACCAAGGUAUCUCAGAUGCUUCAGCCCCAAGAAAACAGACAGCAGAGAAGCAGCUGGGUGAUGAUAGAGCAAGAUCAGCACAUCAGGGCAGCUCAGAGUGUAGUGGAAGGUUCAGAUGCUCAGCUGAGUUGCAAUGUCAAAGCAUCAGAAAGUCCCUCCAUCAAGUGGAUGCUUCCAGAUGGGACAAAACUGAAAGCUCCAUUCAAAGUGGAAAACAGCAGGUUUUCUGUCCUCAGCAGUGGUCAGUUAGUUAUCAAGUCAGUGGCCUAUGCUGAUUCGGGAGUGUACUACUGUGUUGCUCAAGUGAGAGGUGAUGUUGACACAAUGUCCUACAGAGUUCUGGUGCAGCCUCCAGUUAUUCAGCCACCUGACUCUGAGACAACCAAAGUUGAAAAACAUGUGGGGGAUUCCAUACUUUUGCCCUGCAGUGCAGUAGCUAACCCAGAUGCACACUUAAGCUGGAUACUCCCAAGCAGCCAGGUUCUUCAUGAUCUAUCAAACAGCUCCAUUGGGUACCUGCUAGACAAUGGCACGCUGUUAAUUCCACAUAGCCAUGUUAGUGACAGUGGGUACUACAGGUGUGUGGCUAUCAACCAACAAGGAUCCAAUCAAUUCGCUGUUAAAGUAACAGUAAAUAAAAUGGCAUCUGACCGAUCCUCCAAAAGGGUGAAAUUAAAAAAGCAUCCUGGUUCAAGAAUCCCUAUAAAAGCAAGGGGGCAUGUCAUAGAAGAUGAUGAGGGAUCUGGUGCUGAAGAGGCUUAUGAUACCCCAAGCAAAAAAAUCCAUCUGAAGGGGCGUGAAGUAUCCCUUAAACAAAAGAAUGACAAUGUCUCUCGUGUUCAGGUUAAAAAGAAUAAAAAGGGAAAGCGCAAAAUGAAAUUGUGGAAAGGCUUGGAUAGAAGUGAAGAGAUCAAUGUUGCAGAGGGUCGUAGGGUAUUUGAAUCCCGAAGAAGAAUAAAUAUGGCAAACAAACAAAUUAAUCCACAGCACUGGGCCAACAUUUUGGCAAAGGUCCGAGGGAAAAACCUUCCAAAAACAACAACAGCAGUCCCUUUCUUAAGGACUAUGACAGAAACUCCAUUCAUGCAUCAAACCAUCAGAGCUCCUCCUCCCAUGGCUAGCCCCCCACCAAAGACUGCUAUGGAAGUCAAUGGAGAAGAGUCUUCUGCAGAUGUGUCACAUUUGGAUGAGGUAGAGCUGUUCCCAGUCACAGUUCUUCCCAUUAUCAGUACACAGGAUUAUAAUCAAGACCAAACACCUUCUACAGCAGAGAAUCCUGAGGCUGAGCGUUCAGUAGAGCAGGAAUCUCCAAACACCGCAAGACGUCCAUACAGUGUGGGAACACUUCUGGCAAGAUAUACUCUGAUCACUGCAACUGUACCGAUGCAGGCUUGGGAUCACAGUAGUUUGAGGACAGGGGAACCAAAGCCAGCAGAACCGAAAAGCAUGGAUAGUUUCACUGAAGAGCCUUCAAAUGAAGAAGCCAUAAGCCACUUGUCUUAUAUCCAAAGCACUCUGAUAACAGUGGGCAAUGAGGAGACAGCCACACGGUAUACAUUCACCUCUUCAGAACAAUCACCCAAAGUUUCUGUCCUUGAAAAAACUCAUGUCUCUGAAGUCACAGGAACAGAUAUAUGGCAGAAGAAUAUGAAUGAGCAAGAUAAUGCUGCAAUAAUUUCUACACCUCCUGAAAUCAACAGUGAUCUGAAUUUAAAAGCCAUGACUACCAUUUCCCCUUCUGCCUCUCCAGUGAUAGAUUCAGUCCCUACAGAAAGUGGUAGCAUAGAGCAUCAGCAAGUGAGAAUUUCUCCUGACCCCUUCUGGCAUUCUGAAAACAUGCAUGUUCAAAAACCAGAAUCAUCUUUUAUUGUAGAAAGUACCACUGCUCCAUUUAAAAAGAAAGACUGGCGAAUGACUGCUGCAGCCACUAGCAAGAUGACCAUAGUGGCCACGAGUACAGCUUCUGAAAGAAAAACAGCUACUUCUAACUCACCAGUUAUCCAACAUCCCCGAAGGCGACCGUACGGGAGAAGGAGAUUAAGACCAAAUCGGUUCAGGAGACCAAAGCCUAUUCUUCCAACAGCCUCUACCACAGAAGAGGUGCCUUUCCUUCAAAAAGCAUCUAAGCCAGAAGCUGCUACCAAAAGUUUGCAAGGUUCUACUUUUAGAGAUCAACAUAAACCUGAUGCUGAAACACAGCAUGCAAAUGAGUACAAACCUUUGGAAGUGAGUUCUUCAUUAACUACACGUGUUCCUGCUUUACGAAUGUCUACCAAGGCGCAUUUUGUGGAAGCGGCUUCAGUUCUACUUUCUACUUUGCUGCCUAAAACACAUGUAACUCAUACUGCGAAGGACCUGAAAAGUCACAUGUUGAUAUCAGCUCAUGACUCACUGACUAGAGCUCCCAACAAACAGCUGCAUUUGUCUCACAGCUCAGGGCAUACACUGGCAACGCCUACAGACUUUGAAGACAACACCAUUACAGCAAAAGUCACAGAAGCCCAUACAACAGGCACUUCAGUAUCUAUAGGAAGUGCCACUAGCCCAGUGUUACCUUCUGACUUUAGUUACUCAGUGAUUUCAGAAUUUGUAGAAGAAUCUCUUCCUAUUGGCUCAUCAACUCCAGAGAAUGGAGUUGAUCCAAGAGUAGCACAAUCAAGAUCUGCCACUGUACAGCAUUUGACUGAUGCUAAUAGCACAGUAGAACAUUUUAAGGAUCCGCCAACCAUAGGUGAUCUGCAGAAUUUUUCAGAAUCUCUAAUAUUGUCUACAGUUGCAACAUCUUUCCACCAAAGAGACACAAUGACUCCAUCUCGCUAUAGUGCAACAGAUGAUCUCCUUUUCACACCCACAGAAACUAAACAAGAGAUCAAUCUUUGGCAAAGCAGAACACACAUAUUACCAUCUCCAAGGCACUCAAAGGAUAUGAUCACUCAGUUACAUGAUCGGCAUGAUCAGACUGUUGUAUACAGAACAGAAAAAAACCAUCCCCCCAUUUCACCCAUUGCACCUGCACCUACACCUUUGGCUACUACUCUUCCUCCAUCAUUGGCUAGCACUCAUAAUUUGUCCGAUCAUUCUUCUGCAAAGAAAAAUUACACAUCUGGUCAAAGAGCAGAACCAAAUAGCAAAGGAUCCAAUGUUGAUAGUAGAAGAGGCAAGCUCACCUCAAGACAGAAUGAACUUUCCACUUUCCAUUCAAACCACAACAGAAUCACCACGGAAGAAAAGCAAAGACAACUGAAAGAACCACAUGGUGGCAGAUCAUAUAACAGCCUCUCGCUGAAUCCAAAAAGUCCUAACCAGCCCAUUGGAAUCAUACCCAUUUUUAAUCAGCCACCUGCUUUGGCACCUCCAAAACAUAUUCCUGUGAGGGGGACCGUGAAACCUCCAUAUCUCAUUGCACCAGGCUUAUUUCGCCAUUUUGUAACUCAUCAACCACCCCUCCAUUAUACCAAUAAACCAGAGAUAACUGCAUAUGCGGCACAUACCACACAGGACAGAAAAGCCUCUUCUCAGUCAGAGACUUUUCUCUCCACCACAACAGCUGCUCCGUUAUACAGGCCUAAGUUGCACACUCCAAGCAGAUUUGGUAGCCAGGGUGAAAGCAGGUACAGCAUUCACUCCAGAGUUUUUGCCAACAAUUACCUUCCUGAAAUCAGAGACAAGCCUGGAAGAACGGUAAAUCAAGCUAUACCAUAUUUUCCCAAUUCCAGAAUUCCAGUGUUGUUUAAUAGAACCAAGGUAUUACAACAUUUGGGAGUAAACUCCAAACCAUUGGUGCCUAAUCUGUAUGCCCCUAUAAGCACAACAGAGAAGAAAUUCCUCUCUCCAACCAGGCCUAUAACACAAAGUACUCCUCUAAAAGUUGGAGCUAUCCCAGUGCCUCCCAUGGCCUUGGCUACUGCACCAUCGGCCUUGGCUACCACUCCUCCAUUUAUAACUCUAAGAAUUAAACCUCAAAUGACUUCAACCAUGCAGUCCUCCAGAAGCAUCCAUUAUAACAAUCCCAACGUGCCAUUUGGGCCUAAACUAGGAGGAGUUAAGGCACUCAAUUCCAGCAUUAUUCAGCCAUCCACACAUUUCAGGACACAAGGAGAAAGGCCUAAGAUUAUAACAAAAAAAUCAAACGUUCUAUCCAUCUUUGCUGAAUCGGAUGCUGUCAUCCCAUGCGAUGCCACUGGAGAACCCAAGCCUUUCCUUUCUUGGACAAAAAUCUCCACAGGAGCGCUGGUGACAGCCAAUACAAGGAUACAACGUUUUGAAGUCCUGAAAAAUGGUACAUUCAUUAUUCGCAAUGUUCAACUUCAGGACCGUGGACAGUAUUUGUGCACUGCUCAGAACCUGCAUGGCGUCGACAAAAUGAUUGUCUUGUUGACCGUCUUAGCCCAGCAGCCCAAAAUACUGGGCUCCCGCUUCAGAGAUGUGACUGUUUAUUUUGGCGACAAAGUAUGCAUGGAUUGCCAGGCCAAUGGAAUUCCAAGCCCACACAUUUCUUGGAUCUUUCCCGACAGGAAAAUAUUACAAACUGUGAGCACUACAGAGGGAAGGGUAAUGCUGUACGAAAACCGAACUUUGUCCCUUAAGGACACAAACUUCUCAGACCGGGGAGUUUACAAGUGCAUAGCCAGCAAUGCUGCAGGAGCCGAUAGUAUUGCUGUGAGGCUUCACGUUGCUGCCUUGCCCCCCAUUAUUCAGCAGGAGAAACAGGAAAACGUUUCCCUCAGCAUGGGGCAGAAUGCCAACAUACACUGUAGUGCCAAAGCAGCACCUCUGCCUGGCAUCCGUUGGGUGCUCUUCGAUGGAACCCAGAUCCGACCCUCCCAGUUUGUCCAUGGCAAUCUGUUUGUUUUUCCAAAUGGGACCCUGUACAUCCGCAACAUCUCGCCCAAAGACAGCGGGAGCUAUGAGUGCGUUGCAACCAAUAUGGUCGGGACUGCCAGGAGAACUGUAUGGCUGCAUGUCAAGAAGCACUCCACAAAUGCCAAGAUCACUGGGAGCUCACCUCAGAGAACAGAUGUGACAUACGGCAGCGCCUUGAGGCUGGACUGCAGUGCAUCUGGGGACCCCUGGCCACGGAUACUCUGGAGGCUUCCUUCAAAAAGGAUGGUGGAUUCCCUACACAGUUUGGACAGCAGAAUCAAGGUAUUUGGCAACGGAACUUUGGUUGUCCGUUCCGUCACCGACAAGGACGCUGGAGAUUACCUAUGUGUGGCCCGCAAUAAGAUUGGAGAUGACUAUGUAGUGCUCAAAGUAAAUGUGAUGAUGAAACCUGCCAAAAUCGAACACAAGCAUGAGAAUAACCGGAAAGUGUUGUAUGGAGGGGACCUGAAAGUGGACUGUGUAGCCACAGGUCUGCCAAACCCGGAGAUCUCCUGGAGUCUUCCAGAUGGCAGCAUGAUCAACACUUUCAUGCAGUCGGACGACAGUGGGAGCCGAGCAAAGAGAUACGUGGUGUUCAACAAUGGGACACUGUAUUUCAAUGAUGUAGGGCUUAGAGAAGAAGGAGACUACACCUGUUACGCCGAGAACCAGAUUGGCAAAGAUGAGAUGAAAGUGCGAGUCAAAGUAGUGGCUGAGCCUCCUACCAUUAGGAAUAAAACCUACACAGCUGUCGACAUCCCAUAUGGGGAUGUGGUGUCAGUGGGAUGUGACGCAAAAGGGGAGCCCACACCCAAAGUGACCUGGUUGUCUCCCAGCAAUAGGCCUAUCCCUCUUUUGUCAGAUAAAUAUCAGGUGUACAGAGAUGGGACACUUCUCAUACAGAAGGCCCAAAGAUCUGACAGCGGCAAUUAUACCUGUGUAGCCCGGAACAGUGCUGGGGAAGACCGGAAAAUUGUCUGGAUCCGUGUCAAUGUUCAGCCUCCCAGAAUAAACGGACACCCCAGCACCAUCACCUCCAUGAGAGAAAUGGCUUUGAGAGACAGCCGGAAGCUGAUUGACUGUAAAGCAGAAGGCGUCCCGUCUCCACGGGUAAUGUGGGCUUUCCCAGAAGGAGUGAUCCUACCUGCCCCCUACUAUGGGAACAGAAUCACUGUGCACCGCAAUGGCACAUUGGAUAUUCGUGGCGUGAGGCAGACUGACUCAGUGCAGCUAGUGUGCAUCGGCAGGAAUGAAGGGGGUGAAGCCAGGCUGAUUGUGCAGCUUCAGGUCAUGGACCACGUGGAAAAGCCCACCUUCAGGGAUCCUGUCACUGAAAGGAUCACGGCCACGGCAGGCCACAGCAUCAACCUGAACUGCUCUGUUCAUGGGAUCCCUCAGCCCAGCACUGCCUGGAUCCUCCCCAAUGGCACAGAACUGCAGAAAGGCAGCCAUUUGCAGAGGUUUUACCACAAGAGGGAUGGGAUCCUGCACAUCAGUGCCCUGUCUGCAGCAGAUGCCGGGACUUACCGCUGCACAGCCCGGAACCCAGGGGGCUAUGUGGAGAGGGUGGUCUUCCUCCAAGUGGGGCUGAAACCGGAGAUCAGCAAUCAGUAUAACAAUCUGGUAAGCAUCAUCAACGGGGAGACCCUGCAGCUUCACUGCAUCACCCAGCCCAGUCAGCGGGCCCGCGUGACCUGGACGCUGCCAAAUGGGAUGGUCUUAGAUGGUCCCCAAGUGGUUGGGCGAUUCUCCCUGUCAGAGAACGGCUCUCUCACAGUGCGCGAGGCAUCUGUAUUUGACCGAGGGACCUACCUGUGCAAGGCCGUGACGGAAUAUGGCUCCUCCCUUAUGAACGUCCCCGUGAUCGUGAUUGCCUACCCUCCACGGAUCACAAGCGAACCAGCUCCUGUCAUUUACACAAGGCCAGGCAAUACCGUGAAGCUGAACUGCAUGGCCAUUGGAAUCCCUAAAGCAGAAAUAACAUGGGAACUCCCAGACAAAUCGCAUCUGACAACGGGAGCUCAGUCCCGUCUAUAUGGAAACAAAUUCCUUCACCCUCAGGGCUCGUUAAUCAUCCAGCAGGCUACUCAAAGAGAUGCAGGCUUCUACAAAUGCACUGCUAAAAAUAUACUAGGCAGCGAUUCAAAAGCAACCUACAUACACAUAUUCUAAUGUUCAAACAAAUGCCUUUGAAUACACACAAAUAUCUAACAUCCCUGCCAAAUGAGCACAGCUAGGAAAAUACAGUUGAUAAAUGAAACCAGUCGUAUUAAGAUGAGAAAAGCAUGGUUGUGCCAGAAAUAGUGUAUCAUGCAGCUUUACCUUUGUGAAAUACCAAAAUGCGAUUCAGGCAGGUGACACUUCUGAGAAGACCUCUGAACUAUCUCUAUGAUGGAACAGGGUUUCUCAUCAUCUGCCUUAGGAUGAGAGACAAGAGGU